CACUGACGAGGAGGACGAGGAGCGACCGCAACCUCACGGACUGGCUGCAGCUUGUUAUGCCUGACUUGUGGAUCCUACAUCGAGUACUUGUUCGCAUUGCGGGAUGGGCGGUCGUUUCGUUUUUCAGUCAGAUCCGCGUCAUAGGAGGAGAGAAUGUCCCCGAGCAUGGGCCACUCAUCAUUGCUGCUACACAUCAUAACAUGAUGUUGGACCCAGCUAUCCUAUCCUCUGCAUUCCCUAACUCGCGUGUUCUGCACUAUUGGAGUAAAGCAAGUCUCUUUGCCAACCCGUUUGCAAAAUGGGUGUUGGAGAGCACAGGCAACAUCCCGGUAGAGCGCAAGUCCAAGGACCGCCAAGUUCUAUUUCGUGGUACCUUUGAAGCUCUUUCUAAAGGAUAUGCGGUUGCAUUAUUCCCCGAGGGCACUAGUUACACAGAGCCGCGAAUCAUGCAAGUGAAAGAUGGCGCAGCAUGGGCUGCUUUGGAGUACACAAAAUGGGCCUCGGAGAACCCGGAUAAGGCAGCAAAGGACCCUGUUGUCAUAGUCCCUACUGCCAUUGUGUAUACGAACAAGAGCAAAUACCGGAGCGACGUUAUCAUGGAAUUUGGUCGUCCUAUUACUAUGGAUCCUUACCGUGAACAGUUCAUGAAGGGGGAAGAGAGCGAGCGCCGAGCUGCUGUCAAGCGCCUGACCCGGGAUUUGGAAGCUGGAUUGAUCCAAGCGACCAUAAACGCGCCGGACUGGGAUACUCUAUAUGCCGCACGGAUGGCUCGUGACUUACUCUGGGAAGAUGACGAGGGCAUAAAUCUUGAUGAUUUUGUGACAGUCUCUCAGACCUUGGUGGAUCUUUUCUGUACCCCGGAUGUGACGCCGAACUUCCACUCUGUCAAGCGUCACCUUCUUGAAUAUUAUUCGCUCCUACAGACGACUAACCUGACGAAUACUACGCUCUCUGCUCUCCCGCUCCCGUCUACACUCGAUCCGCAUAACGCUACCGUAGCCUUACCCUCACGACUACUGACCCUCAUGGCAUUAAUAUUCUCCACGCUUUCGAUCCUUGUUCGCCUGCCCUUCUUCCUGGUACCAUUCAUUCUGCAUGCCCCGGUUUACUUCAUGGGCAGGCUUGGCGCUAGGUUGGUCGAAGAAGAAGAGGAGACGCAGGCACAGAAUAAGGUGGUAUUCGGAUUCUUGUUUGUCCUCAUGAUAUAUCCGGCUACUUUCUUCUUCCUCUGGGCUUUUCUCUGGUAUACACCAAUCGGAGCCUUGGUAUCCGCAACGGUCGUGUUUUUGUUCGCACAGUAUCACAACAAACUCGUUAAUGACAACUAUGAGCACGCGAAGCGUGUGGUCGCCGCGUGGCGUGUUCUGGUCGGGGUAUGGAUGCCGAAACGCUGGGACCUGUCCUUGGCAGCACUAUCGCAAUAUACGACGCCGCGCAUUCCUCCAGCGAAUCCCUGGAUAGAAAGGCCGAAGCCAAGCGACUCGACCCCUAACUCUCCCCCUCCUCAGGAGGCACAGGCUAGAGGGCUUUCAGGCGUGGCGGCAGAGCCCCCCGUGAAGUCACGCCGCCGUCGACCGCCUACACGCCGACUCAUCCGGCACGUCCUGCGCGCUCGAGUACAAGCUGCAAGGGCGCUUGCUUCGUUCUUCGAUCAGUUGGACAAAGGCGCUGGUGCAGAGGGGAAGUGGGUUCGGGCUUCGCCUCACUUGGCUCGAGCGUAUGGUGGGCGCCUCGAUGUGGAUGAGGGUGGGAACGCUACGGAUGGAGGCGUGUCGUCCUACAGAGGUCCGACGGGUUGGAGAUCUGCUAGGGAGGUUGUGACGUUCCUGAGGAGGAAGGGGGCGAAGAUCGCAAGCCUGGAGAGGAAGGUGGAGGGAGAAUGGGCGGCGCUCAGUCCUGGUGAUCUUAGCCCCACCGAGGAGAGCGAUGCACCACGCGAGGAGUUGACAUGGAUCCCAGCAGGAAGUUCCGGCGAAUGACUCCGGCUAGGCUGAUUGAGCAUUAUGAGCAGGUCGUCUCGGGUUGUUUUCAGAUAUAUACAUAGUAUGAUAUACGGAUAGUUGGAUUCACUCUUCUAAUAAUGCUCGCUAAUUUCGGUCAUUUCGAUCUUUUUUACUGAUUCAGAUGUGUGGAUCCUCGAUCGUGUUUCAUAACCAUCUAACGGUCAAUCCUCCUGUCCCGC